UUCACAAGAAACAACAUUUCUCCUCACCUGCAGAUAUUCCGUUAGCUCUUUUGCAGUGUACUAAAACACUUGUGCAGGCGUUUUGCUGCGGAGGAGAACAAACAUUUUGCACACUUGCCACCACUCACUUCUCCUUCCAUUGCGGUUUGGCCUCACCACUCUGCAAAAGUUUUCAGUGUGAUAAAAAAUAAUUGACUCUUUGAUUCGAAAGUCGUGCAAACCUCUCUCGACUCUCGUGUGUUGCUGAUGAAUUUCUUUCGUGGACAAAAUACAGGAGCCAGUCAGUCAGCAAAGAACCGCAGAGUGGUUCAGUUGGGUAUCAUUGAGGCAAUGCAGGUGGUCUUCUUCACCAGUUAGUUGCAGUUUAGGCUUAUUUUUUUGAGUGAUUUGUGCAAGUGCUGUCUCAAUAGGUUCAGUGCUAGGAGGAGACUGCAAGAGUUGAGAGCACUUCUUGUGCCUACGGACUACAGUGUUGAGGAGGUAGCUGAAUUUCCUCCUGAGGACACCAUCUGGCUUUGCAGUGUGAUUUUAGUGCUUCAGCAUGGGAAAGACCAAUUUAUAGCUCUAAUUUUAUUAAUCCAUCGUACAAGUAGUGAAGUGUCAGUUUUCAAGCUAAUAUAGUCAUAAAAUUGAUAUAUAAAGUAAAUAAUUAAUCGGCUUGGGAUUUUAACUGAACUGUGAGAUAGUCACUGUUGUGAGUUGAGGCCAAGAAGAACAUCUUGGAGGAUUAGUGUACUCUUCACGCUGAGGUGAAAGACAACUGAAAAGUGGAACUUUCUGGCAAUCAUCUUCGGACUUUGUGCACAAAAAAAAAAACAAACAAAAAUGAUUACAAGAAUUAUCCCUAUCCUUUUGGGCACACUGCUGCAGAUACAGGCACAGUUUUUUCCAUACCACAAUGAAGUAUCAGAUCGAUGCGCCCUCCUCCUCACAGGACCACCACGAUCAUCAGCUUUUGACUACAAUUACAAUUUGCUAAGAGGAACUCCCGUAAUUCCUUACUCCGUGGGUCAGACGUGUAUCACAUACGAUGCCAUCAAUGCCGCUUACGUCGAUGCUAGGAAAAGAAUACAUGUAUCGCAGCCAAAAGGUGACUGGAAGCCGGAAGAUAUUGCCACAGUUGGAGAAUUGCUUCUGGACAUAUCCAUUCAAUUGGCGCGCACCUAUGGAUUGUCUUAUGAGGAUAUCGAAAAGGGAUUGCCUCAUAUUGAUACUUCAAAGACUCUAAUCCGGGAAGUUUGUCCACCCUUUCUAUCUGGAGUAGAUUGCAGACCUGGGAAAUAUCGCAGAUUCGAUGGACUCUGCAAUAAUCUCGAUAAUCCAACAUGGGGAGCUGCAAAUACACCAUUCCAAAGGCUCGUGGGACCACUAUAUUCAGAUGGAAUUAAUGCACCAAGGAUCAGUGUUACAGGACACGAAUUGCCCUAUUCACGUGUUGUAUCCAGAACAAUGCAUCCAGAUGAUGGAUUCCAUGAUCAUGCUGGAACUGUUAUGGUGAUCGCUUGGGGACAAUUCAUGGAUCAUGAUUUCACACUCACGGCCACACCACUGGAUCCGAUCAAUCGCAAUGAUCCUGAGGAGUGCUGCAAGCGACCACCACAUCUCAAGCAUCCCUACUGCAAUGAGAUCCGCAUUCCUGAUGACGACUACUUCUACAGGUUGUUCAACGUCAAAUGCAUUGACUUUGUUAGGGGCUUCCCAUCACCCAGGCCAGGAUGUCGCCUUGGAUCUCGUCAGCAGUUUAACACCCUCACAGGAGUCAUUGAUGGAAAUACAAUUUAUGGAGUCACAGAGAAAUUCGCUAGGAAGUUGAGGGCUGGGUUUGGAGGACUUCUGCGAAUGAAUCCCGUCUUUGCGGAAUAUGGAUUGAAGGAUAUGCUUCCACUUAAGCUUGACAUCCCGGAUGAGGGAUGCACAAGACCCAACAAGAGUAUGUUCUGCUUUGAAGCUGGUGAGAUUCGUGUCAAUGAACAACUUGUGUUGACCUGUAUGCACACACUCAUGGCCAGACAGCACAACAAACUUGCAACUGAACUAGCUCAAAUUAAUCCACAUUGGGACGAUGAAACACUAUUCCAGGAAGCCAGACGCAUCAACAUAGCUAUUAUUCAACACAUUACAUACAAUGAAUUCCUGCCUAUACUCCUGGGCAAGGAAGUGAUGGAGAAAUUUGGACUGGUUCUACAGAAGGAAGGUUAUUGGGAUGGAUAUGAUGGACACAUCAAUCCAGCCAUCAUCGAUGCCUUCGCUGCAGCUGCCUUCCGUUUCGGUCAUUCCCUCCUACCAACAGCCGUUGAACGGUGGUCUAAGGCUCACAAAUUUAUAGCAUCGAAGAGGCUGUCCGAUCUUAUCAGACGUCCUUAUGAUUUGUACAGAGCUGGAGUGUUUGAUGAGUAUUUCAUGGGACUGAUGAAUCAAGUGGCUCAAGCCAUGGAUGAUUCCAUCACACAAGAGGUAACAAACCAUCUCUUCAAGAAGGAGGGUAAUCGCUUUGGCAUGGACUUGGUGUCCUUCAAUAUGCAACGAGGAAGAGAAUUCGGUUUGCCCGGAUAUAUGGAGUUCAGGAAGUUCUGCGGAUUGCCAACAUCACACACGUGGGAGGAAAUGUUCGGUUCGAUGCCCAAUGACACAAUUCGACGAUACGAGAGUAUUUUCCAGCAUCCUGCUGACAUUGAUUUAUGGUCUGGUGGAGUUUCCGAGAGAUCACUGCCUGGCUCGAUGCUGGGUCCCACUUUCGCUUGCGUCAUCGCCACACAGAUGAGCUACUCACGAAGAGGCGAUCGCUUCUGGUACGAAUUGCCAAAUCAGCCUUCAUCCUUCACACCCGAACAACUGCAGGAAAUCAGGAAGAUCAAACUGUCACGACUGAUCUGUGACAAUACUGAUCUCAUUGACACCAUCCAAAUUUACCCGAUGGUCCUGCCUGAUCAUGAGAUAAAUCCCCGUGUGCCAUGUAAGAGUGGAAUUAUUCCAUCAAUCGAUCUGACUAAGUGGGCAGAUUAUGGACAUUCACCAGACUAUUCACCUCAUCAAUAUCAAUAUUUCAAUGAGCUUCACGAUACCGUGCCAUUCUUUGCCAACAAUUACCUGGGUUUCAAGAGGCGAAAGAGGAGCACUGAUUCCGUGGGAGAUGAGUAUCGCUUGUAUACUGUCUACGGACCAGCGACUCCAGUCAAUAGAACGAGAAACAAGACUGGAAGGAGGAAGAAAGUUCCAACAUCAACUGAACCACCCAGGGAGGCUCUGGAGGUUGCAGAUCUAGCCAAUGAUGACUUCUUCUUCAGGAAUAUGAAGCGUCCUCCGAAGAAAGAUAAGAGUAUUCGUGAUCAAGUAGAGAUUUUCAGGGAGGGUAGCAGUGAUUUUGAUGUAGAAAGCGCUAAGGAUACUGAAGAACACGAUGAUCAUGAUGAUAAGGAGAAAAACAGUGGUAGUAAAAUCGACGAGAAUUCCAAGGAAUCCAUUGGGGAUUUCUUCAAGAAUGCAGAUAAAAGCUUCCUGGAGGAGUUUGAUGAGCAAUUUCACAGAAACAGUCGACUGAUCAACAGUGAUCACGACAGUAGUGGGAAAUCAACUCCUGAGGAGGAUGCAAAGAAGUGGGUGGAUGAGAUGAGAAGUCGCGAUAUCAUCUCAGAAUUCCGAGAUCGCAUCCAUCAGCGACAAAUUAGGCAAAAAUUUCCUAAAUACCAAUCAUCAAAUUUCACUCAUUUGUAAGAGAUUGAUCCUCCUCAUAAAUAAAUUGCUGUAAUUUUCCAACUCA